CUCAUCACUCACGUCAUUAGCUCUCACAUCGCUGGCUCUCACGUAACAGGCUCUCACAUCGUCUACAGGUAACGGCUUGGUCUCACAUCACUCACAUUAUCUCUCACAUCGCUGGCUCUUCCAUGCCAGCCUCCUUAGGUGUGUGUGCGCGUGUUUGAAGGUGUAGGGCAGGACCUGUGAUGUGUGUGCAUAAAAGUAUGUGUGUAUGUACCUGUGCAUGUUUUGAGUUUGUUAGCGUGAGAAAGAAAGAGUGGAAAAAUAGAGUGAAUAAGCAGGCAAGCUAAGUAACAUGUAAACAUACUAGAGACAAGGUCUUCGCAUGCGCAAAAGCAGUUACUGUCUCUUUCCUUCUUUCUUUCCUUCUUUGUCUUAUAAGCGUGUGUAUAAGCUGAACAGCUGAAGGAAAGGGUUAGGUAGCUACCUGUGUGUGCUCGUGCGAUGCACAGGCAAAUGGGGGAAAUUAUUCAAGAAAAAUAUAUUAAAAUAUAUUAAAUUUAUUAGUUUUCAUGUUAGACAAAUAAAUACGUUGUCUCGGCGUCUUUAGUGCGUAUAUAUAUUAUAUUUUCUGAUAUAUACAUAUACCCAUAUAUACACACAUACAUAUACACAUAUAUACACAUACUCACACAUACUCAAGCUUCACUGGCCUUAACUGACGACAGUCUCUAGUCUACCUUCAUUGUAUGGUGUCAGGUAGCGAGCUAAAUGUUGUGCUACAGCAGCAGAAUUAAUGAGGGUAAUGGUGUUAUUUUUUUUAAAGACGCCAUGGGCAUGUCGCUGCCUGUCCACCUCCCGAUUAAUCGAGUUCGUCACCCUACCCCUCGUUCUCCACCCACCCCCCUCCAACAAUCACCUGAUCAGAGAGAGAAGAAAAGUCCUUUGUUCAAACCUUAUCAGCAUGGCUACUGUAUUGAGUAUAGUCUCAGUUUCAUGUUACUGUAAUGUGACGGAUACACUCCAGAUCCCUGUAUCAGGACACGUCACAAGGGCGCGGUGGCUGCUGGUAAAUGACCCGCAGAUUGAAGGUGCUCUGGCUUGUGGGAAAAGCCAGCUACCCGACUUUCAGAAGCCGGCAGUCACAUUAAUCUUCACUGCUCUACAGGCCAAAGACAGAAGGACCAGAAAGAAGCAAGUGAGCGUGAGAAAGUAGCCAAUGGCCGUUUGGUCACAGGCCAAGUUUUGUUGGCAGCCACUGGCCUCAGGGGGAAUAUAAGUAGGGUUAGUGUUAGAAAUUAAAGGUUGGUGACUAGUUCUCUUGCUUAAAGUAACUAAAGCAGAACAGGAUUCUCUGAAAAAAUUAACACGAGGCUCACUCCACUAUAGCUAGCAAAAAAAAAAAAAAAAAAAAAAAGUUACACUGGAAUACAUUUUCCUAAAAAAGAAAGUGAUACUGAGCGAUGCAAGUGGACAGGAAGGAAAGUAAAUUAAGCCAUUAAUAUCAAAGUCUUGAAGUGAAACCCAACCGCACAUAAAGGUGUCUGUUUAAAAUUGUAUAGAUGAUGGACCCACAGACAAGUAUGUACAAAGAGGAAGAAGCUAAGGAAAAGGCUGACAGGAUGGAUCAGUCGUCACUGACAGACAUGGCCGUGACGUCACUAGACUGGUGCGCGCGCAGCACGCCGGUGACGCUACUCAAGUCCAUGCUGGCGGCACACUUCUCUCCCCUGCCUGUCACCGACCUUCAGCAGCAGUGCUGUCUCGUGCUGCGCAACGCUGUGGCUUCUGGUUCUUUGGGCACGGUGACGUCACUGCUGCAGCACGUGGGCGAAGAGUUUCUGCUGCACAGCGAGGAGCUGACCGGCAGGUCGGACGGCAGGACGCGGGUGGACAAGCUUCUGGGCCUCGCCGUGGAGCAAGGACACAAGGAAAUGGCCGAGAUUCUUCUGGCCCACGGAGCGAAGGCAAACAGCCUGUAUCGAGGCAGGCCCUUGCUGCACCUGUCCUGUCGCCUGGGUCAUCAGGACGUUGCCAUGGUGCUGCUGGACCACGGCUCUGACGUCAGCGGGGUGGACAGCACGGGGGAGAGCGCCCUCUUUGCUGCGCUCGCAUUCACUUCGGGCAAAGCGAUGGCAGUCAUAGAGCGGCUGCUGCGUGAGGGCGCCAACCCCGAGCACCAGAGCACAACCGGCCGGCGACCAGUCCACUGCGCGGCGCUGUCCUCCAACAUUGCAGCUUUGAAGCGCCUGCUGGACGCCGGAUGUGACGUCAGUGCCAGAGACAGCAUCAUGGGCGACACGCCCCUUCACGUGGCGUGCGCACGCUGCUGCGAUGACGUAAUCGCAGUUCUGGUGCAGCACGGAGCUGACGUCAACGCUGCCAACCACGCAGGCGAAACGCCGUUGCGGAAGCUGCUGCAGCACGGAGCAAGAUGGCGGACGACGGACUUUCACGCCAGGAGCAGGCGGCAGCUCGCCCGCACUCUCAUCAAGCUGGGCUUCCGACUCGACCCCUGCUCACAGACGGCCUGCGCAGGGCGGAAGUCACCGCGGUCUCGCGGAAACUCGCGUGACGACGCGGUAACUGGUAGCAACCAGCACCCGACACCAUCGAUGGCAGGACACAGCUCGCGGGCCUGGUCACACAGUGACAGACGUGACAGUCGCUCACGUGACAAAGCCAUGGAGCUGUACGAAGAUCUGAGGCGUGACUGCUGCUCAGGCAGCGGUUUCCGUCGCUGCAGCACCUCAGCCGCAUGGAGGUGCGACGCAACUUGCCGUCCAGCCAUUUCCGCCAGGCAGUCGUCCGUCUGGAACUGUCUCUCCAGAUGCAGCAGUACCUGAUGUUUGAGCCGCUGCUUCUGGAGAAGGUGAGAUGAUGCUCCUAACUUCUCGACAGCAUUGACACUAAGCUUGUCGCUGAUGACGACUACUGUGCUGUUGAGGAGACUGAUGAUUGGGUUAGAUGACAUUUCAGUGAGUGAUUACACCUCACUGAGAGUAAGGUCCCUGAACAGCGCGAGACUAGCAAUAGUUCUCGCUGUUGAAUACCAACCUGUAAUGCGAAAUGUCUGAGGCAAAAAGUUAUGAAAAUAUAUCCGUAGUUAACUGGAGAGAGAGAGCGUGUAUUAUCAUUUUCAUAAACACCCUGUACCUACGACGACGACGACGACGAGCUCAGCAUGGCAACCACUAUCAUUUAUCUUGGGAACAAUCAGAGCUCUGACAGGAGAGGUGAAGUGAUGUUUACAGAUUGUAACCGAAUUUAUUCCUCUUGUUAAGCAGCUAUUUAUUUGCCAGAAGGAAUAAACAAAAUCAGUGAUGUCAAUAAACAUAUUGCUAAAUAUUUUGUUGAAAAAA